AUGGCAAGAACCAAUAGUGGGCAUAUAAUCGAACACAAACUAGAAAACAAAUUGGAAGAUCAAAUGAAAGCUCUUUAUCCAGCUGUAAACGAAGUAGAGACUCCCUUACCCAGAGGUUGGUGUACAAGAGAAAGAAGUACCCCUUUAAGUUUCACAAAAGAGAAUAAAAGAGUGGAAUACAAAGGUGAGAGUUGGGAAGAAGUAAAUGGAUAUGGAAUUGCUGGAAAAAAGAAGAAAUUUUUAAGUCAUUAUCUUUUACCUUCUGUUCCAAAAGUUCGUUCACACAUUUCUAUUAGUUUACCUGAAGAUUUUAGACAAGUAUCUUCAAUCAUUGAUGUUGACAUUGUACCUGAAACUUGUCGGCGGGUACGACUUGUGAAGCAUGGAUCUGACAAACCAUUAGGAUUUUAUAUUCGUGAUGGGACUAGUGUAAGAGUUACUCCACAUGGUUUAGAAAAAGUGCCAGGAAUUUUUAUUUCUCGCUUAGUACCAGGUGGACUAGCAGAAAGUACAGGUCUUCUUGCUGUUAAUGAUGAGGUGUUAGAAGUGAAUGGAAUUGAAGUGGUUGGUAAAACUUUAGAUCAGGUUACGGAUAUGAUGGUUGCCAAUUCAUCCAAUCUUAUAAUUACAAUUCGACCGGCUAAUCAAUGCAAUUUUGCUUUUCCACGACGUGGAUCAUUCGGUCAUUCUUCACAGAUGUCUCACGGUUCUCAACAGUCCGCUCAAUCUCUCCCGAGUGACGACGAUCGGUAUGAUGAAGAUGAAAUUAGAGAUCAUACAGGAGCGGUAUUUUCAGAAGUGGAAGGACAAAAAACUGAAGAUAAUACUAUUGUAACACUUUAAUAUUGUCUUCCAAUCAGCUGUAAUUUGUAAGUGAUAUUUCCAAAAUUUAAAAGACUCAAGUCCCUGAAAACAAGAUCCAAUGGCAGUAUUUACUGUUUGAAAUAUUUUAUUUCUAAUAUUUCAUUAAGCAAUAUGAUAGAAAAAAAAAUGCUUGAAUUUUUCAGGCAGCUGUUGAUAAUGAAAUUAAUAAUGUUUUAUGUAUUAUUUUUUUUUUGUGACUUAAUUUUAUUGUUUCAGCAUUCCAACAUUUUAUUAUGUAAUUCUGAUCAACAUUUUAAUGUAUUUUAUAUAAAUGUUUUAUACUAUAUGCCGUCCAUAUUUGAACAAUGUAUUAAUAAAAUAUUCCAAAUGGGAUUUUAUUUUUACAUACAUUUUUGAGCAAAUAAGUCAUAAUGAUAAGAGAUCUGGUUAGUGAAAUUAGAAUGAUUACAAGCAGUACAAAGUUUUAAUUAUGAAAAGCACCCUCUUGGUUAGUAAAUGCACUAAAAGGUACUUUUGAGAUGUAAUAAUGGUUGUUUUUAUUGCAAUAAUUUUUCUUCAAAGUAAUUUUUCAUAACAUGGGUUGUAUUACCAGGGUGAUUUGAACUAAAAUACCUCAUUCCUUAAAUUGUGUAGCUAUUGGAUAAUUAAGGUGGCUGCUAAAGUUUUGAUUGCCUAUUUUAUCUGAAAAUGAAUUUAAUAAUAAAUUACUUAAAUUUUGACCAUAUAAUUUCUUCUUUAUAUGAUUUAAAUGUAAACAGAUAUAAAUAAAAUAUUGUACUCAUGUAUUGUUCAAAAACAACAAAUGUAUAUUUUUUAAAAAUAUUUGCACUUGAUGUUCAAUUUAUAUUGCAGCCAAUUCAUUCCAAUGUAUUUGUAAAAAUGUGAUUAAUAAUCCGGAUUGUCUACCAAAAAUGUAUAAACUUCUAUUUUGAU